GUGCGUUUCGCUGUAUUGUCGUGCUAACCGUACCAUCAAAAAAAUUUAAAAUACUAGCAAUUCUUUACCUGGUUCGAGGAUGCCCGUUGUACGAAACUUUUUUCCCAACAGGUGCGUCAGCACUCCCCAAAUUAUCUUUGCUUCCCCGUUUCAUCAUCAUCUCUCUGAACCCUUUUUCACUGAACGAAUUUACGAACGGUAAUCACAAUAAUUUUCGUUUCUUCUUCAGAGAAUAAGUAAAUGUAUCGCAAUUACGACCCGGAAGCGGGUCCGCCUUUGUACACGGGUUCCAUUCCGCCCUUGAUGCCCCGUGUUCCGAAGGGCAGCAAGAGCCGGCAGCAAGUGCAGCCGCCGAAGCUGCGGGGCGGCGCUCGGCCGGCGCGGAUGGACCAGUCCCCGAGUGACACCAUCUCGGUGCGGCGACGGUGGUCGGACGCGCGCGACGACGGCAUGAUUGCGCACGCGCGGCGCAGCUCCUCCCUGGACCAAGCGAGCCCGCCCUCUGCGGUGGCCCAGAUGUACAACAUCGGCAGCGUGAAGAAGGAAAACAUCGCCCCCGAGUUCAACAGCAUGUUUGCGCUGACCGACUCGCGGUGGGCGCCGGCGAAGUACGAGAUCGUCGGCGAGAACGAGACCAUGGACAUGUGGACCGUUCAGGGCAUGAUGGCGCUGUUGAAGCACGCGUCCGGCAUCUACAUCACGGUGCUGUUCCACAUGGUGGUCAUAUCCAAGAAAAAAAAAUUGUAGGUGUAACUUUUUUGGAGGAACAGCAUUACAAAUUUGUCUUGCAUGACAGCAAAAAUAACCUGUCAUGCGCAGAUAGUACGUGAAAACGCCCUUAUUUAGUGGACCCUACAAUGCAUGCCAAGCAUGACAGACGCAAUCAUCUUGCAUGUUCCGCAUCACAAAUUUACACUAACAGCGUUUUUUUCUCUCCAUAGGUCACGGUGUGUGUACUUGUCGGGCUUCGGCUGGCGGAGAAGGCGCUGGACGAGAACAUUUUCCGCGACAUCGUCGACGAGACCGUGGUAUCAAAUGUAAAAUUGUCUGGGUCUGGGAACUUGUGAUGCUGGUUGGCGUAUCAUGAUGAGGCUACAAAUGCUGGCUCAGCAUGACAAGUUUCUGAGCUCCUAGGUGUUGCCUAUUCUGCAUGACAAACUGCGCUUCUGCAUGACAAAAAAACGGGACUCUUGGGUAACGUGCAUGACAAACUUUGGGGUCAUGCUGGCAGAGCAUGACAGACCUUCCAUUCUUCCAGACCCAGACAUUUUUACACUUCAUACGUGGUGAACCUGGUGACCGGCAUCGUGGCCUUCGCGCUGGUGUUCCGCAUCAACUUAGCCUACGCGCGGUGGUGGGACAGUCGGCGCAGCUGCGAGGACUUUGCUGCGAAAUUCUUCAUUGCCUGCAUGCUGUCCUACAGUUUCGACCAGUUCACGCUGGCCACCGCCCGCUCCAAGGCCGCCUUCCGUCUGCGCAUGGCCGGGGUGUGCUCCCUCCUGCACGCCGAGGCGCUCAAAGAGUUGGGGUCCAUGGUAGAGCUGCCCUGUCUGGGGUCGCGGGUGCUGAACCAGAAACAGGUGCAGAUGACGUUGGGCGGCCCGGCGGGUGCCUUUGACCAGCACGGCCGGCUGCCCAAGGGCCUGCAGGGCCGCUACUCCAGCGAGUCGGUGGCGCACAACGUGCCGGCCACGCGGAACGGCGUCGCGCAGGGAUACAUCUGGACCGUCAUGCUCAUUUCCGGCCGCUUUAACCAGCACAUGCUCGCGUCUCCCAUCAUCGCCAGGCUCUACGCACUGCUGGAUGACGGUAUAAAAAUUUGUUUUUGGUUAGCUGAGCUGAAAGCCAUCUGGAUCUGUCGUGUGGCACUCUGCAUGUUCAUGAUGAAUUUGUUCGCGGUAAUUUUGAAUGAAAUUGACUCUGACUGUACAACUUAUCAAAAUUCAGGUGUCGCCUCUUACUUCGACGCGCUGGUGGUCCGCACCACGCCGUUCCCCUUCCCGUUUAUGCAGAUCAUCAAUUUUGGGUUGUUCCUGAUCAAGAUCAUCGUUCCCGUGGUGGUGCACCAGACCGGCGUGCCGUUGAUUUGGGCCAUUCCCCUGACGUAUCAAAUGCAAAAAUGUCUCGGUCUGGAAAAAAGCAAGGUUUGUCAUGCUAGGCUAGCAGGACUUUCAAGUCUGUCAUGCAGGGUACCCAAAGACCAAAAACCCUGUCAUGUGAUGCAGAGUCGCUGUUUGUCAUGCAGAGUAGGCAACACUUAGAAGCUCAGAAGCUUGUCAUGCUGGGCCAUCAUUUGUGGGCUCCUCAUGCUACGUCACUUAGCAUUACAAGUUUCCAGACCCAGACAUAUUUGCAAUGCAUAUGACGUGCUGCUGCGUGUUCGGGUUUUUCGGGAUCGGUCGCGUCGCGGAGGAGCUGGAACAGCCGUUUGGGUCGGACUUCUACGACCACCCGCUGGAGAACUGGCAGAUCGACUUUGAUUUGUGCCUCCUGGACCUGGUGGAGAACCAGUCCUUCGAGGUGCCGCGGGUCGACCUGGUGCCGCAGAUGGCCCCGUCCCUGGACGGCAUCAAGGCCGAGGUGGAGGAGAAGCCGGACCUGACUAACGAGGCGAAGGAGGUCCUGAAGCUGGACUGGACGCAGCUGGUGCACCCGGCGCUGGCUUCGGAGUACACCAAGGAGCUGGACCAGCGGGUCCCGCACAGCAUGCGGGAGGUGUCCAAGGAUCACGUGCACACCUCGCCGCUGGCGGAGGUGGCCGCGCCCUCGCCGAACGUGAAGCCGCUGAUGGCCCAGAACCAGAACAACCUGCGCAGCUCUUUUACCACGUUCUCCGGCAUCCCCGGGGAUCUGGGCGGCGUGCCCGCCUGGCAGGCGCAGUUCGACGUGGUGGCCGGGUUGGGCCCCGAGGCAGUGGAGGAGGACACCAUCGCAGACACGGAGUCGGAGCAUGGUGGAAGGCCGGUGCUGCCCGGCCAAACCACGCAGUUCAACCAAAUCAUGCCGAACGGAAGGAGAUGAGAAUGAAUUUUACAACCCAGCCGUCAAUAAAGUAAAGUUUGUUUCGUCUAGAACUACUUGAUAGGCAUGACUUUUUUUUUACAUUGUACCGUAACCACUUUCUUGUUAGAUUAUGUCGACGCACUGUACGUACACUUUUUUUGCUUUUUCUACCCCAACUUUUUUCAGAAAGACCAUUUUCCAUUUUUUUGCAGUUCGUUCCCUAAUCCCGGAGGAGUUUUUUUAGAUAGACGGAAGAUCCUAAAAAUCCUACAUGCGAGGUGGUCCCCAAAGAAAGCCGCAGUUCUUGCUGCGCCUUGAGAAGGUGCUAAGAGGAAGUUCUUGCCCCAAACCUUGUACAGUAACAUUCCUGACGUUCUUUCAUCGACGCAGAUGAAGGAGGCAGUCAGAGAGUAGUUUGGAUUCGCAAGAUGAUACGUACUGCUUCGCUUUGGUCAAGGUCGUCU